UAAAAUUCUGUCUUUAUUAAGUUUAAAUAAACAACGUGCAAAAAUUUCUCCUGCCCACAAAACCCCCAGCUUCUAUGUGUGUUAAUACUGUGGUGCACACAGUCCAUGCAACACGUCCACUGGGGACCGUUUUGUCGCGUCUCUGCGCGGCCACGCUGAAUCCGCGGUCACGAUGUGUGGUCUGCACGCUGCAGGGAACCAGCUGCACACCGAGGAGCGGCCGCGCGGUGCUGCAGUGAGCGGAGCCGGCGGAGCAGCGCCCCAACCGCCCGCUGCCCUUUAAACCAGGUGAGCUGCUCUCACACGGGAGGUCACAGAGGAAGUGUGCGAGUCGUUCAUUUCGUCCAUUUUCGGGGGGAAGCCAGUCAGCCUCUGGAUCGUGUGCACGAACAGCGCGCUGCGGGGCUGAAGACGCUGCGGUGACAAACACUCUCAGCUCCCCAGGAUUGAUACGCUCUCUCCGCGGUGAUUCCCCCCCCUCCCGGCUUGUCACCGUGUGUGGUUCUUUCCUCGGUGCAGCGAGGACGCCCACAUUUGAAAGGACCUGCUUGAUGAAUCCAAUCCAGUGAGUUGACCGCAUGUGGAAAGGCAGCAAUUUGGGACUUGCAGAGGAAUCAACCAGCUCCUGUGGAGGAUGGUGACAUAUGGAUGUGGACUCUGGAUCUCAGGUGAUUCUUCAAAAUAUUACUCGAAAAAGCAAGAGUGAGGAAAGGAAGAGACACACAACACAGAGCGCCAGCAGACGUCUGUUAUUCCAGGGACAUGCUCCCACUUUGGGGAUGGAACAAAAGGAAUCUGUGUUUGACUGUGGGAGCACCAGGAAAUGGAGAGGCAUCAUGUUAUUUUUGACUGAGAACUAAAUAACGUUUUGAAAUUCUUCAAUUCAUCCAUGGCCUACAGAUGAAUUUAUACUCUGCCACAUGUGAUGUUGGGGAUCUAUUUCCCGAGUGUACCCACCUCCUUUGCGGACUCAGCUGCUUCUCAUGUUAAGGACCUUCAGAAAUAAAUUCAGCAUGUCAUCCAGCGGCCAUCUGGGGGAUGGGGACGUCACCACCAUGAGCCACCGUGGAGAAAUAUCGGACACUAAGGCGCAAGUUGGAAGAGGAUGUGUGGAAGACUGGUUUUCCCAAACGACAAGAGUCUACUGCAGACAGCGAGUAUCUGUCUGUUUUGCUUUCCCCCUCAUCUCUGUGGUCCUACUACUCCUCUCCCUGGUUACACCCGCUCUGUCCAUUCAAGUGGAGUCUGUAGAGAGCCACAGCGAGUUCAGCUGUGAGCCGAUCAAGCUGAGAAUGUGCCAGGAUCUGCCUUACAACACCACCUUCAUGCCCAAUCUACUGAACCACUAUGACCAGCAGACGGCCUCUCUUGCCAUGGAGCCUUUUCAUCCCAUGGUAAACCUAGUGUGCAGUGCUGACCUGAGGAUGUUCCUGUGUGCCCUGUACGCCCCGGUGUGCACGGUCUAUGGCCAGGUGUCCAUGCCAUGUCGAUCUCUCUGCCAGCGCGCCAAAGACGAGUGCAACAAACUCAUGGAGAUAUUUGGAGUAGCCUGGCCAGACGACAUGGAGUGUAGCAGGUUCCCGGAUUGUGAUGAGCCCUAUCCUCGUGCAGAGGACCUGCUAACAGGUUCUGACCCCACUGACCAGUCAUCCAUGACUGUGCAGAGAGAAUAUGGUUUCUGGUGCCCCAGAGAGCUCAAAGUUGACCCUGAACUGGGUUACUCUUUCAUGGGCAAGAAGGACUGUUCUGCUCCAUGUCCCUCAAUGUUCUUCAACCAGCAGGAGUUGACCUUUAUCCGAUACUUCAUAGGCGUCGUCUCCAUCGUCUGUCUGUCCGCAACGCUCUUCACCUUUCUGACUUUUCUCAUUGAUGUUACCAGGUUUCGAUACCCUGAGCGUCCAAUAAUCUUCUACGCUGUGUGUUAUGUCAUGGUGUCGCUGGUGUUUUUCCUUGGUUUCCUGUUGGAAGACAGAGUUGCCUGCAAUGCAGUCAUCCCGUCUCAGUUUAGAGCUUCAACCAUAACACAGGGUUCACACAACAAGGUGUGCACCAUCUUCUUCAUGGUCCUGUAUUUCUUCACCAUGGCUGGCAGCUUGUGGUGGGUCAUACUGACGAUCACUUGGUUCCUGGCCGCUGUGCCUAAAUGGGGUAGCGAGGCCAUCGAGAAGAAAGCUCUCCUCUUCCAUGCUGUUGCCUGGGGGCUCCCAGGGGCCCUGACUGUCACCUUGUUGGCCCUGAACAAAAUUGAAGGAGAUGGGAUCAGUGGAGUGUGUUUCAUAGGCCUGUAUGAUAUAGACGCCCUGCGGUGGUUUGUUCUGGCACCGCUCUGCCUCAAUGUGGCGGUGGGCGUCUCUCUCCUGUUAGUGGGCAUUGUGGCUCUGAAUCGGGUGCGAAUGGAAAUCCCUCUGGAGAAAGAAAACCAGACCAAACUAGUCAAGUUUAUGAUCCGAAUGGGGGUGUUCUCGGUGCUCUACCUUGUCCCCCUGUUGACGGUGAUCGGGUGCUACCUGUAUGAACACAUCUACCGAAACAGUUGGGAGAAAACAUGGAUGGAGGAGAACUGCAAGCACUAUCACAUCCCCUGCCCAUACAAGGUGGAGCAGAGCAGUCGACCGCUCAUGGUUUUGUUCCUGAUGAAAUACCUGAUGAUGCUGGUGGUGGGGAUUCCCUCUGUGUUCUGGGUGGGCAGUAAGAAGACCUGUUUCGAAUGGGCCAGCUUCCUGCACGGACGCAGACGCAAAGAUGGGGUGAACGAGUCUCGCCAGGUUCUGCAGGAGCAGCCCGACUUUGCUCAGUCGCUGCUGCGUGAACCCAACACCCCUGUUAUUAGGAAGUCCAGAGGAACAUCCACUCAGGGCACCUCCACCCACGCCUCCUCCACUCACUUAGCUGUCCUGGACGACCUUGACGAGCCGGUCAGAACUCACCACGGCCCCCCUGCCUCCACCAGGAGUAAAGCCAGCAGCGUUCACAGCAAGGCCAGUUACCACGGCAGCCUGCGCCGCACCCGAGACGACAGGAGCGAUGCAGUGGUUUACCGAGGUACAGAGGAACGCAGUUUCCAUGGCAGCAUGCCACGUCUUGACCACCCGCUUUCCACUCACAGCAGCCUCCAUCAUAUAGAGAGCAACUCACGGCACGGCAGCCAGCGAGACGUGUCUGAAGCCCUGUCUACCCUCAUCACCCACGGAACCACGGCGAGUAUCAGUCGAGUUGCUGAGAAUGACGGCACUAGUGCCUGAAAACAAUCACAAACUUGACAGGAAGUCAUUGCCAGGAGGCUGUCUAUGUCUUUCCAAGAAGAUUUAGUUUCAGAUUAUCCCUGGACGGUUAUUAGCUGUGCAGCUACUGGAGAACACAGGUUUAAGCUGGACAUGUAUGUUUACAUAUUUGAGUUGAAAAAGCAGUUGAAUCCUGAUUGCUCACCUCAAACUGCUGAACCAACGAGAUAAAUCCACCUCCUCAGACUUAAGUGACAUCAAGAUGUUAUUCAGGUAAAGUUUAAGUAUCUCGUGAUAAACAAUGGUGACAGUUUGUUGCAGAUUUACUCUGAAAGAUUCAUCUUGGAUUUAGAGGUUUGACACCAGAUCAUUGUGACACGCCUCUACUUCCAAAUAAGGAUCUUGAAUCAUCUUGCAGGAUUUACAGGAAUAUUGUUAAAUAUGUGAACAGUGCAGAGUAUUUGUUUUUGUAAAAAUCUGUUGGUUUGUCGUCUCACAUGAAACUUGACUGAUUUCAAUCAGAUCUAAUUAUUCCAUGUUUUUGUUUCUUAGACUGCAGCUCUUAAUGAUGAUGUUUAUCUUUGUGUGGCUUCAGAGUCAAUGAAUAUGGGCCUCAUGUGACAUUUUGGACCUUUUUGUGGAUUAGUGAGAUAUUUUUAUACUGUGAAAAUCAUCUUUGUGGUCCUGAAUGCUUCUCAGUGACAGUGUGUGUGUGUGUGCGUGUGUGUGUAUGUGAGAUUGAGUAAGAAAUAAAGACACAAGUGGUUAAAUGUGUUUUUAAACUUCAGUCACUCCCUCUGAUCUAAACAGAGAAGACAUGAUGGAGGGAACUGAUUGGUUGUAUUCAGAACCAGGAAGAUGAAUGAACUGGAAUAAUGCUUGUACAUUUACUUAACAUGCACAUAGGUUAUUCUUUAUUAUUAAAUCAUUUCAGCACUAGACCUUCUGCAGAGAGGCAUCAGCUUUGCAAGGGAAGACAGAUCGGCUUUAGAAAAAAAACAAGAGGAUAAUUCACUCAUCAGAUGCUUAUUUCCUUUGAUGUCAACCAACCAAUCUUGGUAAUAAAAUCUAAAUGGAAGAAGCCAAAUAAGAGUCAUUACAAAGUCUAAAAGCCUCAAAAUCGCGUAACAAUCUAAACAUCAACAACCUCUGUCUGAUUCAGGAAGUCGUCUAUCACUGCAUUCAAGUCAUACGACUGUAUAGAUAGACUGUAGCGUAAUUUCAAAAUGGAAACCAAUGACUGUCAACAUCCUCAUGGCAGAAUGUUUUUUUCGUUCCUUUUUUUCCUAAUGCCCUUUUUACUAGUUGCAUUGAUGUGACCUAACCUGCUUCUGUACAUGCUCUUUGGUCAUGUGUGCUUGCAUUGUUCAAACUUACAGAAACAUUCAGUCAUCAGGCUCGAUAUGUUCUCUGACAUUUAAUGUUAUAGGAAGUUAAAUGUAUAAUAUCACUGUCUCUCAUUCGUUUUUUUGUUCCACAUCCCUCAAGUUAACCUACCUCACCUCUACCUUCAGCCUUCUCUGUACCUGGGUGUAAACACACACACACUCGCUAUUGUUUUUUUUUAAGUUAAAAUGCCUAUAUCAGUAGAAUUGUUUGCUUAUUCCUGAAGAAUCUGAAAGGCUCUAAAAGGAAAUACAAACCAAUGACUUUCAGUGACUCAAGGGUUCUGUCUUAAGACACACACACACACACACACACACUAGGAUCAGUAGCUAACUCCAUCCCACAGUUAGCUGUGUGGUUCUACCUCUUCAGUUCAAACGUACUCUCUGGCCUUUCACUGCUGCCUCUCUCCUCCCGUCUCUCUUCACCUGUUCACUCAUCUGCCUGCGUCCCUGCUGUACAUAGAUCUUCUGUCCUCCGUGGUGACUAAUCGGCCUCACAUCUGCCUCCUGCCUCUCCUCCUGUAAAUGUGCCCACACUAAUCUUUUUUUGGGACCUACACAAUCUGCCUGUACUUUUGCAAGUAUUGACUACUGACAAACAUUAACCAUUGUGCUUUUAUAACAAGAGAUGCAAUGAAACAUCUCAUUCUUCUCUUCAGUCCCACAACCAGACAUUUCUGAGGAAGCUGUUAUCUUCAUCUUCACCAUCAUCAUUACAGUGCUUCACAGUGAACUGGUGUAGCUUGAAAAUAUGGCACAUUAGCAAUCAUGGUUUAAAAACAGAUCAAUAUUGAGAAGUGUGAAACUUGGGUUGUGUUUGCCUUGUAAUUUAUUUGCAGUUUGAAACUGUAAUGACUUGUUUUACAUGCAGUCUAAUAAACAUUUUAUAAACAUCA